CAUGCAUUGUGUUCUGUUUGCAAUGUAUUGCAAACAGAAGUACAUGUACAUGCUCAUAUAUGGACUAUAAUUUCUAGUAUAUAUAUGUACCAGUAAUUGUGCUAAAACAUGUAGUUUGUUGCUGAGCAACAUAAGUAAAGCCAAAGGAAUGGGGUGGGCAGUGUCAGUGGGGUGGGUCAAUUGAAAGGUAUUACCCAAUAAUUAGCCUCGAGACCAGGCCGAAUAAAACACAACCUGGUCUCUAUUGCAUGGGUGAUAGUGCACAUGCGCAAACCGAGUCCCCUAGAAUCUGGAUAACUACAGUAAACCUUUGUAAAAUUAUACCGUAAACUAGUUUGUUUACUAGUAUUAAUUUUAACAAAUACUUGUCUCCUGUGAAGCUGUGGCUUAUGCUCUCUAUUGCGUUGUCGAGAAGGCUUGCUAGCUAGCUGUGACCCUCUAUGGUGUUGUCGAGAAGGCUUGCACACUAAUCUGAAGCCAGAAGAAGCUCUCAUUUGUACAGAAACUAUGCAAGUUCACGACCAUCCAACCAUCAUAGAGGUAGAUGAGAGCCUCUUCUGGUUUCAGACUAGUGUGCAAGCCUUCUCGACAACACCAUAUAGAGGGCCAUAGCUAGCUAGCUAGGAUAUAAAGCUUCAUAUAACAUAGUAGACAGUACAUGGGCCACGCCUAUGAUUAAUUACACAUGCAAUAGAUACCAGGCCGUAUUUUAAUCGGCCUGGAUUGGAGGCCACCCAACAAUAAGACAGAAUGGCACUCUAUUAACACAUUUUUUGUGUGACCACAAGAUAAACAAAUUACCAAAUUAAUGGGCACUCUUAUAACAACAACACCUCUUAAUUACACAGACCGCUAGCUCACUGACAUUUGACGACCACUCUCUGGGACAAAAACCCUAGAUGCAUUUGAACAACCGCGUGUAAGAAGCAAGGACUACACAACACCAUCAAACCUUACAAGUACCGCAAAGCCAAACCCGAGGGAAGGCCUUCUCAAGAAACUGGCUAAACAAAUUAUUGUUGAUAAUUUUUUAUUGAGACUAAUUAAAGUAAAAAUUAGGUACAAUGCAUGAGACUUGGAGACUAGACUGAUAGGCAAAAUUUUGAGCAUAAUUGGGCAAGCCCCCCCCCCCCCCAAUCUCAGUCAAAAACCAACAACACAUUUUUGUGACCACAAGAAAAACAUACCAAACACAUCUCAAUUACACAGAUAACGUAGGAGCACCGUAACGAGUCUUCUUAGAUAGGAACGUGAAACAAGUGCCUUGCGUACAUUUCUGCUGCUGUAAUGUAUCAAGAGAAGCUGGAUCGUAUGAAGGCUGUCAUUAUAGAUAAAGGAAACACACUUAAGCACCUUGACUGCUUUGUACUGGACAAUUCCAUAAGAGAGAGCACUGUAGGCCAAUUGCGCGGUCACACCAUCGAUAACAAAUGGAAAAUCUACAAUGAAGUGAAGAAAUGCGGCUUUAAGAACAUCAUAGUCGCAGCUUUCUCGCAUAUGACACGAGUUGAUGACACUUUCAUCAAAGAGCUGAUGGAAAAUGGUGAAGAUCCGAGUACACUCUAUGCAUUUUCUGAAGUCACAGCAGGCAUUUCGAAAGGAGUGAUCGACAGAGAAACCAUUCCAGUUGGUCUGGUUAGGAUGAAAGAAUAUGGGCUAAUAAACCCAAUCAUUGAGUUCGAUCUUGCCGACAAAUCUGUGGAUUGGGAGUUCUGUUCAGUGCAAGAUAUUUGUGAGCUGAUCAUGAAAUGGAUGGAUUGGUCUCGUACUAACCUUUCAAAAGAUUCCAAAACGUUCGUCAACUUCAGGGAUUUUCCGAUGGCAAUGACUCAAGUGCCAGAACGUGUACUCGCUGCAGUUGACUACUUUGCAUCUCUGCCACAGGAGAAACGAUUGCUGGGUAUCAUUUUCGAGGAACCUACUGGAAACUACUUACCAAAAGAAGUUGGGGUAUGGACGACAGUUGUGCGCGAAGUAAUGAAUGACAGAAAGUGGAGUGACGGGAAUUUGCUGGUUCACGUGCACAAAAAGUGGGGACUGGCUGAGGCUGUACAACUGGAGUGCUUAUGCAGUGGAGCUAAUGGUAUUUGGGCCAGUCUAGCUGAAGAGGGAGCAGCCAUGGGCCACGCUUGCUCAUCUAUCACUCUGAUGAAUCUAAUUCGAAUGGGGAACAAGAAAGUACUUGAGCUAUAUAACUGCACCCAUCUGCGAAAAGCUGCAAUAACUGUUACUAAUAUCACUACCGGUGAUGACCCUCACUCCAAGCAGGUGGUGUACGGGGAGAGAGCUUUAGAUAUUAGUUUUGAUUUUGGUGGUAUUGCUGGGGGCCGUGUGGGAAAAGGUGAAUUCGAUAUUGCAGAAUUCUUUGGUGAGAAGCCACCGGUUAGGAUCAGCACACUUGCUUCAACUGCCAUGAUUAUCACUCGGCUCAAAGAUCUGUUUGGAAGCAAUCCACAAUUCAACCAGCAGAUAGCUGAAAAGAUGAAAGAAGUUAUGCAGGAAGAUCUCCAUAGCAACAGAAAGGAAGAGUACAUGAGUGAAGCAGGCCUGGGUGUGUUGUUUGAUCGAUCUGGAGGGAAACUAACGAAGAAGAUGGGAGAUGUAAUUGCUAACAUGGAAGCCGGAACAGAUCUUGAGAAACGCCUGGUUGCGGAAGUUAAAGAGAGGUGGGACACAUGGGAUCUUCAAGACGAGAUACAGGGGGAUGAUGCUCUGCAGUUUGACUCGUUCUACAAUGGCUUCAUGGCACCCUACUUUGGUUGUUUCAAAUGCGACGAUACUAGGGCAGGACUAAAGGCAAUGGACAUGGAUAAUGAUGGGUUUAUCGAUUGGAACGAAUUCCUUGUCUAUCUGAAGUGGGCUAUUCACGAAUAUGACAUCAAAACUGCUGAUGAGCUGUUGUCGAUCACAUUUCGUAAAGGACUCAUUCCUGCUAUGCGUGACGAACUACGUCAGUCUUAAAAUAAGUUUUUAUACAGGAUGUCUCUGUACGUGAUGACAACUGACUCGUAAGCUAGCUAGAAAGUGAGCAAGUAGGCAACUAGCUGGAUCUAUUAUAUGUUACAGUUCAUUUUAUAUUAAAUUCAUAAUUUAUUAUCAAAACAUUCAUAUU